UGCGCCAGCAUCAGUGUGCGCGCUCGUCCUCGGUGCUCCGUUUUGGAAUAUAGACCUUGAAUUCCACACGUUGAUGGAUUUAAUCGCUUCAUCGUGACCUCCUCCCGAGCCCGAUCGUCUCUCUCGUUUUUGCAGCAGAAAAGCCCCAUCACACCUCCGCAGACAUGGGCACCGUCCUCUCCAUAUCCCCCGCCACCAAGAAGACGAUGGACGCCGACGUCGCGGUUGACAGCAAAGGCGACAAAAGCCUCAAGCGGCCCUCCAUGUUCGUGUCGCUUUCCUGGAGGAAGCUGGUGUCCGGCUCGGCGAAGAAGAGCGCCAAGAAGGUGACCCCUAACCCGCUGCCCAAUCCGGUGGCGCAGCGCAACAGCGAGAACCUGCGGAAAACGGAAGAACGGAAACAGCGGGCCCCCAUCCCGGUCCCGGUGCCCACCGUCCCGACGCAGAAGAAAGACACCCAAGGCAAGAGCGCGUCGCCGGGGAAGAAGCCAAGCAGCCCGACCUUAGUGUCCCCCCGGCGGAUAGUGAUCCAGGCGUCCACCGGGGAGCUCCUCCGGUGUUUGGGGGACUUCGUGUGCCGCAGGUGUUACAAGCUGAAGGACUUAAACAGCGGGGAUGUCAUCCUCUGGUUUCGGAACAUCGACCGGACUCUCUUGCUGCAAGGCUGGCAGGACCAGGGCUUCAUCACGCCCGCCAACGUGGUCUUCGUCUACCUGCUCUGCGACGCCACCCUCCGGGACGACGUGGACAGCGCCGCGGAGCUUCAAGGCGCCUUCCAGACGUGCCUGUACCUGGCCUACUCCUACAUGGGCAACGAGAUCUCCUACCCGCUCAAGCCCUUCAUGAUCGAGUCCAACAAGGACGUGUUCUGGGAGACCUCCCUGGGCAUCAUCGAGCGGCUGAGCGGCAAAAUGCUGCAGCUGAACGCGGACCCGCACUUUUUCACGGAGGUCUUCCAAGACCUGAAAGGCCAGCGGGAUAGCGGCGAGGCGAACCUGGACCGCUGAUAUGGACGCUGGACCACUUAUCAUCCAAGCAUCACUGAACGGCGGCUUUGAAUGUAAACAAAAAAAAGGCCAGAAUAGAUCCGAUGACGUCACGCUGCGUCGUGUUUAGAAUACAGGUGUGACUCAUGCAUGUCAUCUACGGUUUUGUUGUCCUCAUUUUGGAUUAAAUUGACCUCUAUUAAUUAAUGCAUGCGGGCCAGAAUAGAACCGUUUAACAGGUGGAGCUGUCCAAGGUGCUGACCCGUCCCCUUUGCUAUUUGUGUCCUCAUCAGAGGUCUCAGAGCCUAAUCCUUCAAAGUAGAGCUAAUAUUGCCCAGUGUACUUACACAAUCAUUCCCAGCUUGUCAUUUAGGAGGACCAUACACGCCCUUAGAACAGUGUUUUUCAACCUUUUCUGAGCCAAGGCACAUUUUGUUUCCAUUGAAAAAAAAUCCAGAGGCACACCACCAGCAGAAAGCACUAAAACAAUUAAACACAGCAGCCGGUAUUGACAGUAAAACGUUUAGUAUGGGGAACAUAUUAUAAUUAGCAAAGACUUAAAUUAGAGUUAUUUGGACACUAGGGGAACAUUUAAGGGUUAGGGUUAUUAAUAAGCAAUAAUUCUGAGGUUAAUGAGGGAAGACUCUUAGUUAAUGGCUAACUGGUUGUAUAGUAAAGCCAUACAGAAUAAAGCAUUAAUAAAUACUUAAUAAUGACUAAUUAAGAGCCAAUAUGUUACUAUUUUGGAUGUUAAUAAGCAACUAAUUAAUGGUGAAUAUGUUCCCAAUACUAAAGUGUUACCAAAACUCGUUCUAGCAAUUGUUGGAUAUGAAUUCAAACCAUAACCAAUUAUGCAUCACUAUAGCUCUUGUUUUCAAGUAGAUGUACUGUCACGACCUGUCACAUCACUCCGUGACUUAUUUUGAGUUUAUUGGUGUUUGCCUGUGUAUCGUGUUUUAGUUUUUGUCUUGCGCUCCUACUUUGGUGUUGAUUAUCAUGGCAUGUACGGAUGUACUUUGUGGACGCCGUCUGCUCCACACGCUGUAAGUCUUUGCUGUCGUCCAGCAUUCUGUUUUUGUUUACUUUGCAGCCGGUUAAAGUUAAAAAAAAGUUAAAGUUCCAAUGAUUGUCGCACACACAU